AUGGAGGCCGCUCUGUUGAGCGGGUUCAUCAAAACCAUCCUGCCGAGGCUCUUCUCACUGGUAGAAGGGAAAUACAAGCUGCACAAGGGCCUCAAGAGCGACAUCAAAUCCCUGGAGAAAGAGCUCCGUAUGAUCGCUGUUACAAUCGAUGAACAGAUCUCGCUGGGGAGGAAGGAUCAGGGAGCUGUGCUGAGCCUGUCAAUUGACGAGCUGCGUGAACUGGCUCAUCACAUCGAGGACUGCGUAGAUCGCUUCCUGUAUCAUGUUACCCGGGAGCAGCAAGCAUCCUUGUUUCGUCGGACCGUACGGUCGCCGAAGACUCUGCUGUCCCGUCAGCGGCUGGCCGCCGAGGUCCAGGUCCUGAAGAAGAUACCGGAGGAGGCGCACCAGAGGGAGAAGAGGUACAGGGUCUUCGCCGCCGCCGGCCUUUCCUCCUCAACCCGGCACGCUGAAUCGUCUUCCUGUUCGUCUGGAUCUGAUCCGCACACACUUCGGGCCGACCUCGUCGGCAUCGACGGUCCCAGGGACGAGCUUGUGCAGCAGUUGACCGAGGAGGCAGAGGGACUAACAAAGCACCUCAAGGUUAUCUCCAUCGUCGGGAUCCAUGGCUCCGGCAAGACCGUCCUUGCCAGAGAGCUCUACGAGAGCGACGUCGGCCGGCAGUUCAGUCUGCGGGCGUGGGUUUCUGCUACUGACAGGGGUCCGAGAGAGGUGCUCAUGGAGAUCCUCCAAAAAUUUGGCAGGCCAGUGGUGGAUAACUCUAGUGUUGACCAGCUUACGGUAGAUCUCAGGAAACACUUGGGUGAGCAAAGGUAUUUCAUUGUAAUUGACGACAUGCAAACAGAUCAGUGGAGUACCAUUGAAGCUGCCUUCCCAGAAGAUAAUGUUGUUAGCAGCAGAGUAAUGGUGACAACAACUAUCCAGUCAGUGGCUAAUGCUUGCAGCUCUUCUAAUGGUUAUGUGCACAAAAUGAGAAGACUUGGCAAUAAACACUCAGAGCAAUUGUUUAUCAAGAAAGCUUGCCCAACAAAAUAUUCAGGUUAUACUCGACCAGAAUCAAAAGAAGUUAUGAAGAAAUGUGAUGGCCAACCACUUGCUCUUGUUACCAUGGGUCAAUUCUUGAGGAAAAAUGGUUGGCCCACAGGACCCAACUGCGAAGAUGUGUGUAGAGAUCUUAGACGUCAUCUGGAGCAGGAUGAUACAUUGGAGAGAAUGCGAAGGGUGCUUAUCCACAGCUUCUCUAGUCUUCCUGGCCAUGGUCCCAAAGCCUGCCUUUUGUAUUUUGGUAUGUUUCCAUCUGAUCAUCCCAUAAAGAGGAAGAGGCUGCUGAGGCGAUGGUUAGCAGAGGGAUUUGUAGAAGCACAGCCUUCAUCUAGUGAAAAUUUUAACACCCUCAUAGACCGGAACAUUAUUGAGCCCAUCAGCAUAUGUAACGAUGAUCAGGUAAAGACAUGCAAAACAUAUGGCAUGAUGCGUGAGUUCAUUUUGCUAAUGUCCACCUCCCAGGACUUCAUCACCCUACUUUCUGGCAAUAAAGUUGAACGCAAAUAUGUGCGUCGGCUUUCCCUCCAUCACCAUAGUGCUACAAGUGGCAGCUCUUUGGACAUGGACUUAUCUCUUGUCAGAUCUCUGAUGGUUUUCGGGGAGGCUGGCAAAACUAUUUUGAGUUUCCCAAAGUACCAGCUGCUGAGAGUCUUGGAUCUUGAACAAUGUACCGACCUGGAAGAUGACCACCUCAAAGACAUAUGCAACCUUUUUCUUCUGAAAUAUCUAAGCCUUGGGGAAACUGUUACCAGUCUUCCAAAGGAGAUAGAAAAAUUGAAACUUUUGGAGACACUUGAUUUGAGGAGAACAAAGGUGAAAAUACUACCUAUAGAGGUCCUCCUGCUCCCCUGUUUACUCCAUCUAUUUGGAAAGUUUCAACUUUCUGAUAAAGUCAAGAUAACAAGUGACAUCCAGAAGUUUUUCUUGACUGAACAGAGUAACUUAGAGACAUUUGCAGGAUUUGUCACGGAUGGGUGUCAAGGAUUUCCACAAAUCAUGAAUUACAUGACGAAUUUGAGAAAGCUUAAGAUAUGGCUUGAGAGGAGUGAGAGAAGCACCAACUUCACCGAUGUUGUGAAUGCUGUCCAAAAGUUCGUCCAUGAUGACAAAGAAGAGAGCAAUGAUCCCCGUUCUCUAUCACUUCAUUUCGAUGACGGCACUGAAAACAUCCUGAACUCUUUGAAGGCUCCUUGUUACCUUAGGUCACUGAAGUUAAAGGGGACUUUGCUGGAACUUCCCCAGUUUGUCAUAUCGAUGCGGGGUCUCCGGGAGUUGUGCCUUUCAUCAAAGAAAUUGACAGCGGGCCUCCUUGCAGCAUUGGCUAACUUGAAAGACUUGCAGCAUCUCAAGCUGAUUGCGGAUGUGCUUGAAGAUUUUAUCAUUGAAGAUCAGGCAUUCCCUGGGCUGCUACACCUGUGUUUUGUCCUGCAGUGUGCCACGUUACCAACAAUUGAAGAAGGAGCUUUGCCAUACCUCAUCUCACUUAAGCUAAUCUGCAAAGACCUAGUUGGUCUUGCUGACAUCGAAAUCAACCGCCUCAUAUGUCUGAAGGAAGUCAGUCUAGAUCAUAGAGUCGCUCCGGAAACAAGAGAAACCUGGGAAAAAGCUGCCAAGGAGCAUCCAAACAGGCCAAAAGUAUUGUUGGUCAACGCAGCUGAUGAAAGCGAAAGUGAGGCUGCAGACUGUUCUGUUGCUUCAAUGCCAGCUGUGAGUGAGGCUAAGGAAACUUCUCCCACAUCAGAGGUUGCUGUACAAGAGUAUGACAUUCAGAUGAAAGUUAACCAGGGGCCGCCUGCUGCUCCUGAGAAACAGAAGAAUUGUGCAGAUGAGCCAAGUUCAAAAGAUGAACGGAACCCUGCUUUCAGUAAUAUUGGUUUCCCAGAGGUCGCGCGUGGUUUAACCGAGUUGUCAAUUGCUCAGAAUGGAAAUGUGUCUUCUUACACCUAUUGA